GACGUCACCAGCGCAGCUCGCGUGCGCGAACAUGGCGGUUCCUGCGAAGACGAACGACUCCAAGAAAAGUGCAAAUAAGUGUGAAAUUAAACGAAGACAUGAGAGGAACUAAUGUAAUAAAACCUGCGACCGAACCUAGCGAGUGAUCGGCGAGGAAAAGACCUCGAAAGAGAAGAAAUAAAAGCGGGAAAAGAGCGUUUAAAUCCUGAGGAGAACGAGCGAGCUGCACGCGGAAGUGACGAGAGACUUUUAAUAACUCAAACAGACUUUAACUAAAGUUACACAAACUGAAAGAUCAAACUGGAUAAAAGUGUCUGGAUGAGGUUUUAAGUGUGAACUCCGUCCCAGUGUAGUGACAUUCAGUAUCAGAAUUGACAGAAACAGCAACCUGUUCAUCACAGAGACGUUCACUACUGGACUUCAGUCUGGAUGGCUUUAGUCGUAUCUAAAGAAAAGGUGGUUUACUGAGGCGUCACUCGUCAGAGGUUCUGUCAUCAAGACUUCUUCCUCUCCAGCACCUGGACCGUGAUCCACACCUGCCGUCCGUCCGGCCGCGGCCUGGCAUCCUGCCCUUAUGGGGCAGCAGCCAGGGAAGUUUGUUGGGGACCAAAGGAGACCGAGUCUGCCAGCGCUGCCCUUCAUCAAGGGUACUGGCAAGAGAGAGACCUCACGGCAGGGACUUCAACACUGCAAUGUGUUUACUGUCCACGAAGCUCUUCAGCGGCCGGAUUUCGAGCCAUCUGGUCUGUCUGAAGCGGCCCGCUGGAACUCUAAAGAGAAUUUGCUGGCGGGACCCAGUGAAAAUGAUCCCAACCUGUUUGUAGCGCUGUAUGACUUUGUGGCGAGCGGCGACAACACACUCAGCAUCACCAAAGGAGAGAAGCUGAGGGUUCUGGGAUACAAUCACAAUGGCGAGUGGUGUGAAGCUCAGACCAAGAACGGCCAGGGCUGGGUGCCCAGUAACUACAUCACACCCGUCAACAGCCUGGAGAAGCACAGCUGGUACCAUGGACCGGUGUCCCGCAACGCUGCUGAAUACUUGCUGAGCAGCGGGAUCAACGGAAGCUUCCUGGUGCGAGAGAGCGAGAGCAGCCCCGGACAGCGAUCAAUCUCACUGCGCUACGAGGGUCGAGUCUACCACUACCGCAUCAACACGGCUUCUGAUGGCAAGCUGUACGUUUCUUCAGAGAGCCGAUUCAACACUUUGGCUGAGUUGGUUCAUCAUCAUUCCACCGUGGCAGACGGUCUCAUCACAACACUACAUUAUCCAGCACCCAAACGCAACAAGCCCACCAUCUACGGCGUCUCGCCCAACUACGACAAAUGGGAGAUGGAGCGCACAGAUAUUACCAUGAAGCACAAGCUGGGCGGAGGGCAGUACGGAGAGGUAUAUGAGGGGGUCUGGAAGAAAUACAACCUGACCGUGGCUGUAAAAACACUAAAGGAGGACACGAUGGAAGUGGAAGAGUUUUUAAAGGAAGCUGCAGUCAUGAAAGAAAUUAAACACCCAAACCUGGUACAGCUGUUGGGCGUCUGUACCCGGGAACCUCCGUUUUAUAUCAUCACAGAAUUCAUGACCCAUGGAAAUCUACUGGAUUAUCUGCGUGAGUGUAAUCGUGAGGAGGUGAACGCUGUGGUGCUCCUUCAUAUGGCCACACAGAUCUCCUCAGCCAUGGAAUAUCUGGAGAAGAAGAACUUCAUCCACAGGGAUCUAGCUGCACGUAACUGCUUAGUUGGGGAAAAUCAUUUGGUUAAAGUGGCAGAUUUUGGACUGAGUCGUCUGAUGACAGAAGACACUUACAAGGCCCGUGCAGGAGCCAAAUUUCCCAUAAAAUGGACGGCACCAGAGAGUCUGGCCUAUAACAUAUUUUCUAUAAAGUCAGAUGUGUGGGCAUUUGGAGUCCUGCUUUGGGAGAUUGCCACCUAUGGGAUGUCUCCAUAUCCUGGAAUUGACUUGUCCCAAGUGUACGAGCUACUAGAGAAAGAUUACCGCAUGGACAGACCUGAGGGAUGCCCAGAGAAAGUCUAUGAGCUCAUGAGGGCCUGUUGGAGGUGGAUCCCUGCAGAGCGGCCAUCUUUUGCUGAAACCCACCAGGCGUUUGAGACGAUGUUUCAAGAAUCCAGUAUCUCUGAUGAGGUGGAGAAAGAAUUGGGGAAAAAAGGUAAAAAGCCGUCAUUGGGUCCCAUACAGCAGGCACCAGAACUUCCCACUAAGACCAGGACACUACGGAGGCAUAUGGACAGUAAGGAUGGGGACAGUCCUGAUGGAGCCGAAGCUGAGGUGACCGGACCCCUGACGAUCUCAAGGGCUCUCCUUGAUAGCAACCUGAACGAAGAUGACCGCAUCCUAGCUAAAGAUAAAGACAAGUUCAGAAUGAAUCCCUUCAGCCUCAUCAAGAAAAAGAAGAGAACGGCCCCUGCACCUCCGAAGCGCAGCAGCUCCUUUGGUAAGAUGGAUGGGCAUCUGGAUCGUAGAGGAUUGGGUCCUGACUGCAGAGAUGAAUUUAAUAAUGGUGCUUCCAAUAACGAUGCUUUUCACAGCCUCGACUCCUCAAAAUUGGUCAGUUCUAAUAGUACCACAUCUGUCGGCGUCACCAACGGAGCCCCCCAAUAUCCCGGUCAGCUCUUUCCGUCUCAUUCACGCAAAAAAGGCACAACAUCUGGUGGCGGAGGAAAACUCGCCACCACUUCACCAACAGAGGAAGACCCUAUUUCUAACUCCAAGCGCUUCCUGAGGUCUUCCUCAGCUUCUAGCAUGCCCCCAGGAUCCGACCGUUCCGAGUGGAAGUCUGUCACCUUGCCGCGUGACAUGCAAUCGUCUCACUUCAACUCGAGCACCUAUGAAAGAAAGCCGGCUCUGCCUCGCAAAAAAACAGAUAGCAUGCAACGUGGCGGUACCCUUACCCCACCACCUCGCCUUCCUAGGAAAAGCGAGGACGUGUCAGAUGAGGUUUUCAAGGAUACAGAAUCGAGUCCCGGAUCAAGUCCUUCGACCCUGACCCCUAAGUUAGGCCGUCGACUGCAGACGCAGAACGAAAGCUCCAAAACGAGUGCUCUGCAAGCUGAGCUGCUCAAACCCGGUGUGAUUUCAGCACUGGGAGCAUCCGGAGAAGAAUGCAGAUCUCGUAGACACAAACACACUUCUGAUGUCCCCACACAAAGAGAGAAAGGAAAAUUUGCGAAACCAAAACCCGCUCCUCCUCCACCUCCCGUCUCUAGUGCCAAAUCUGGAAAGAAUUCAAGAAAUCCAGCUCUCGAUGUUUCUUCGGCUACCAAAGUCAAAGGCCCCUCUGACCAGAGUCCUCCGAGUCCCAGCUCCACAGACCAAGCCAAGGGUAGUCUUUCCCAGGAAAAUGCCAAAAAACUACCAAAAAACUGCUCAAAAGUGCAACCUCCCAAGACCUCGUCCACAUCCCCUACCGGACAGCUACCGGGAAUGGGAGCGAGUUCGGCUGUCGGGGAUCCGGGAUCAAACUUUAUUCCCCUCAUGACGACUCGUCGCUCACUAAGGAAAACUCGUCAGCCGUCCGAGAGGCUGUCCAACUCCGCCAUUACGCGCGAGAUGGUCUUGGAGAGCACUGAACUUCUGCGAGCCGCUAUCGGCAGACAUUCGGAGCAGACCGGCAGCCACGGCGCAGUUUUGGAGGCUGGCAAGAACCUGUCCAAGUAUUGCGCGAGUUACGUCGAGUCCAUCCAACGGAUGUGGAACAAGUUCGCUUUCCGUGAAGCCAUCAAUAAGUUGGAGAGCAGUUUGCGAGAGCUUCAGAUCUGCCCCGCUGCCACCGGGGGAGCCAACGCAUCACAAGACUUUUCAAAGCUGCUUUCCUCCGUCAAAGAGAUCAGUGACAUUGUUCAGAGGUAGCGGAGAAAAUCUGCCUUCUUCAGCGGAUGAAAUGUGGGGCUUUUCUGGUCGUAAUGUACACUUCUACUAAACAGAUUCGACGUAGCCUUUCUCUUGCCAGAGUCUCAGCUUAUUGCGUACAAAAUUAAAGGAACCGACGUCGUUCCUCGCGUCAGUUUGGCCCAGGUCCGAGUCUUAGUUACUUGAUGUUCAUGAGCUGUCUCCAUCUUGGCUUUCCUCUUUAUUUUCACACAGUAUUUGUUCAAUCAGCAUUAUCUCAACAGUGUCGACAAACCUCACGUUGUCAAACAUUUUCUUGAGAUCAAAAUCUAUAUUUUUGAUUACGUUCACAUUGACAAAUAGUAUUUGUUUUCUUCACGUGGUUGCAGUUGUUGAAGAAAGAGCUGUGAUGUGAGGAACUAUGGUUUCAUUUUGUGAAACGAGUAUUGUAUGCAUGCAACACUAUGUGGUGAAGGACAUCUCGCUCGUGUGCAGUUGUAUUUCUUCAGCACAAUCACUACAGAAAUGCCAUAAACACCCAGAAGCCUUUAAUAAACUUCCUGAGUGAAUAUCAGGUGAUUGUAUUUCUCAAGAAGAUGAAACACUAUUCUCAGGAAGUUUGGGAACGUCUUGGAAGUGAAACCGUGGGACUACAGUAUAUAUAUCUCUACAUGUUUUUAUAAAGAAUUUCACUUUACCACUCGAUGUCAUUUUAAAGUAUUUCUUACACCACUGAGUCAUGAAAGUGUCUGAUGGACGGAGCGGCGUCUCAAUCGUUCUUCUUCAACACAUCACAGUCAGAUAAGUUGUUGUGUAACUGAAAGAAUGCGUGCGUCUCUGUUUUCAGUAUUAGUUUGUCUUUUUCAACACUUUGCCCUCUGACUGCGACGCCGACCACAAGCUGCCUUCAGUUCAACGUGGUGUAUUACCAAUGUUGACAUUUAAGUUUUUGUUUUUUCUUAAACAAAUCAUGCCACUACUUUUGUAUUCAGCGUCACACUUUUGAACACUAAUUGCUCAGUUUUUGUAAAUACACAUCACUUGUUUUCUCAAUUUCUGUCGAAUUUUCCUGUAACCAUGGUGCAAUUUUUGUUGCAUAAAAUACAAAGCAGUUUUGCUACUUGAACAAUGA